AUGGGCGAGUCUCCCGGCUGCUGCUCGGUCUGGGCCCACUGCCUCCACUGCCUGUAUAGCUGCCACUGGAAGAAAUGCCCCAAAGACAGGACACAAACCAACCAGUGCGAAUGCAUCUGGUUUGGCCUGCUCUUCCUCACCUUUCUCCUCUCCCUGGGCUGGCUGUACGUCGUGCUCAUCCUUCUCAAUGACCUGCACAACUUCAAUGAAUUCCUGUUCCAGCACUGGGGACACUGGAUGGACUGGUCCCCGGCAUUCCUGCUGGUCAUCUCUCUACUGGUCACAUACGCAUCCCUGCUCUUGCUCCUGGCCCUGCUCCUGCGGCUCUGUGGCCAGCCUCUGUGCCUGCACACCGCCCACAAGGUGCUGCUGCUCCUCAUUAUACUUCUUGUGGCCGCUGGCCUUGUGGGACUGGAGGUCCAAUGGCGGCAGGAGUGGCAUAGCUUACGUCUGUCACUGCAGGCCACAGCCCCAUUCCUUCAUAUUGGAGCAGUUGCUGGCAUCACUCUCCUGGCCUGGCCUGUGGCUGAUACCUUCUACUGUAUCCAUCAAAGAGGUCCCAAGAUUCUGCUACUGCUCUUAUUUUUUGGAGUUGCCCUGGCCAUCUACCUGGUGCCCCUAUUCAUCUCCUCAGCCUGUAUCAUGGAACCCAAAGACUUACCCCCCAAGCCUGAGCUGAUGGGACACCGAGGGGCCCCCAUGCUGGCCCCCGAGAACACCCUGAUGUCCCUGCGGAAGACAGCUGAAUGUGGAGCUGUUGUGUUUGAGACCGACGUGAUGGUCAGCUCCGACGGGAUCCCCUUCCUCAUGCAUGAUGAGCGCCUGACCAGGACCACAGAUGUGGCCUCUGUGUUCCCACACCGAGUCAACAGCCACAGUAGCGACUUCUCCUGGACUGAGCUGAAGAGACUCAAUGCCGGGGCCUGGUUCCUACAGAGGCGACCCUUCUGGGGGGCUAAGCAGCUGUCAGACCCUGAUCGGAAAGACGCUGAGAAUCAGACAGUGCCAGCCUUGAAAGAACUACUGAAAGAAGCUGAAGCCCGCAACCUUUCUGUCAUGUUUGACCUGCGCCGCCCCCCACGAAACCACACAUACCAUGACACUUUUGUGAACCAGACACUGGAGACUGUGCUGAGUUCAGGGGUGCCCCAAGCCAUGGUCCUCUGGCUACCGGAUGAAGAUCGGGCUCAUGUCCAACAACGGGCCCCCCAAAUGCGCCAGAUAUAUGGACAUCUGGGAGGCCACAGCACUGAGAGGCCCCAGUUUCUCAACCUCCCCUAUCAAGACCUGCCACUGUUGGAUAUCAAAGCACUGCACCAAGAUAAUGUCUCGGUGAACCUAUUUGUAGUGAACAAGCCCUGGCUCUUCUCCCUACUCUGGUGUGCAGGGGUGGAUUCGGUCACCACCAAUGACUGCCAGCUGCUGCAGCAGAUGCGUUACCCUGUCUGGCUUAUUCCCCCUCAAACCUACCUAAUGAUGUGGAUCAUUACCAAUUGUGUCUCAAUCCUGCUGCUUUUGUGGACCUUUCUCCUCCAACGGAGAUGUGCUAAGGAGAGAGAGAGAACCGGCUUAGAAACAGCAGUGCUGCUGACCAGGAUCAAUGCUUUCAUAAUGGAGUGA